GCGCUCAGCUUUACCAAGAUGUCGAGGAUAAUGAAGAGAAUUCUGCUGCUGCUCCAUUUGUGCAGUUACUUUAGUGCUGGGAGCUGUGGGAAGGUGCUGGUGUGGCCCAUGGAGUUUAGCCACUGGUUGAAUAUACAGGUGAUCCUCACUGAACUUGUACAGCGGGGCCAUGAGGUGACAGUCCUCAGACCUUCAUCUGCUGUUUUUCUUAAUUUCAACAGUCCAUCUGAUAUAAAAUUUGAAACUUUUCCUACAUCUUCUGGUAUAGAAGAAGUAAUGAUUUUUUUUCAGCAAAUGUUUGAUAACUGGACAGUUAAUGGACAAAUGGAUACCCACUGGACAUAUCUUCCCAUACUACAAAGCAUGUUCUGGGAACUUUCUGAUGUUUAUUAUAACAUUACUAAAGGUGCAGUUCUGAACAAGAAACUUCUGACAAAACUACAAGAAUCAAAAUUUGACGUCCUUCUUGCAGAUGCCAUGUUUCCUGGUGGGGACCUGAUGGCUGAACUACUGAAAAUUCCUUUAGUGUACACCCUCCGCUUCUCUCCUGGCUACACAUACGAAAAGUACAAUGCAGGCCUUCUGUUUCCUCCUUCUUAUGUACCUGUUAUUCUGUCAAGACUAAGCGGUCAAAUGACUUUCAUGGAGAGGGUAAAAAAUAUGCUGCACUUGCUGUAUUUUGACUUCUGGUUUCAGACAUUUAAUGAGAAGAAGUGGAGUCAAUUUUACACUGAAAUUUUAGGUAAGCCAUUUUUUGUACUGAUUUCCUGAAGUUCCCAUUACUGGGCUUCUCUCACUUUCUGUUUACUCCUUUCAAAAGCGUAUGCACUGCCAUUCUUCUUUUGUGAUGGGGUACAUUUUUCUUCACAGGAAAUGGAAGACUUUGUGCAGAGCUCUGGAGAACACGGUAUUGUGGUGUUUUCUCUAGGGUCAAUGGUCCAAAACGUAACAGAAGAGAGGGCCAAUGUGAUUGCUUCAGCACUUGCUCAGCUUCCUCAAAAGGUUAUUUGGAGAUAUAAUGGCACAAAACCUGAUACUUUACAACCCAAUACUCAACUGUAUGACUGGAUCCCCCAGAAUGACCUUCUUGGUCAUCCAAAAACCAAAGCUUUUGUAACUCAUGGAGGAGCCAAUGGUGUCUACGAUGCCAUCAACCACGGGGUCCCUAUGGUGGGCAUUCCUUUGCUUGGGGACCAACAUGAUAACAUAGCUCACAUGGAAGCCAAAGGAGCAGCUGUUGCAUUGGAUUUCCAGACAAUGUCAACUACAGAUUUGGUCAAUGCACUGAAGGAAGUCAUGAACAACCCUUCCUUUAAACAGAAUGCCAUGCUGUUAUCGACCAUUCACCAUGACCAGCCGAUGAAGCCCCUGGACCGAGCAGUCUUCUGGAUCGAGUUUGUCAUGCGCCACAAAGGGGCCAAGCACCUGAGGCCACUCGCCCAGAACCUCACCUGGUACCAGUAUCACUCUUUGGAUGUGAUUGGCUUCCUGCUGACUUGUGUGGUGACCGUCACUUUCCUUGUCACAAAAUGUUGCUUGUUUUGCUAUCGCAAGAUUGUUAAGAUAGGAAAGAAGAAGAAAGAGUAG